AUGCCGGGAGCUCCUCGUUUCACGCAAAAACCAUCAAUUCAACAGACUCCACAAGGAGAUCUUUUAAUGGAAUGCCAUCUCGAAGCUGAUCCUCCACCUGAUAUUAUUUGGCAUCACGCUGGAACUCCGAUUUCUGCUGGACCUCGUGUUCUUCUCUCAUUGACUAAUUUACAGGGCAAUUCCUAUAAAGCUAAUCUUAUUAUUAAAGAUCCAAACGUUGGUGAUGGUGGUGCAUAUAAAUGCACCGCAACGAAUCAAUUCGGUGAAUCAAAUGCAAAUAUUAAUUUGAAUUUUGCAGGUAUUGUCUAUUGUCUAUUUAAAUCAAAUAUUAAAAAAAGAAAAAAAAACAAUAUUAGAAGGGAAUACAGAAAAUAUUUUAUCUAA